AUGCAGAAAGAGUUUAUGGAAACACUGUCUUCAGCACCGGACCUGUGCUGUUCCAGUCAGAUACAAGGCGAGGAGGCGCUCACCAUGUACCUGGCCAAGAACAAGCUGGACCGCAGACUGGUGAACGCCACGCAGAAUGUGGAGGCGCUGCACCAGCUGGCAUCGUCCUACUUCAUCGACCGCGACGGCACCAUGAGGAAGCUGCACGAGAUCCAGAUCUCUACAGACGCCAUCAAGGUGAGUGAGCGAGGAAGAUGA